AUGACAACUGAAGGGAGCCGUAGCGGAUUUGUGCAGCCAGCAAUUCCGAAGCUUGAUGGUCAUUAUGAUCAUUGGAGCUUGUUGAUGGAGAAUUUUUUGAGAUCAAAGGAAUAUUGGGGACUGAUUGAGGAAGGAAUUCCAGAAGUAAGGGAUGAAACAACCUUGACUGAUGCACAGUUAAAGGCGAGAAACGAAUUGAAGCUGAAGGAUCUAAAGGCAAAGAAUUAUUUGUAUCAAGCAAUUGAUCGAGUUGUUCUCGAAACCAUUCUCAAGAAGGAUACUUCCAAAGGCAUAUGGGACUCCUUAAAGAAGAAGUAUCAAGGCAAUAGUAGAGUCAAGCACACUCAAUUACAAGCUCUUCGUAAAGAGUUUGAAAUUCUGCACAUGAAGGCUGGAGAAUCUGUUGAUGAGUAUUUUGCAAGGACGUUGACGAUUGCAAACCGAAUGAGGAUACAUGAAGAGAAGAUGGAAGAUGUGACAAUUAUAGAGAAAAUUUUACGCUCUAUGACAACUAAGUUUGACUAUGUCGUAUGUUCAAUAGAAGAAUCAAAUGACAUCGACACCAUGUCAGUAGAUGAAUUACAAAGUUCACUAUUAGUGCAUGAACAACGCAUGUCAAAUCAAGUUAAGGAAGAGUAA